UCAGCACCGAUGUCUAUAUAAAGCCCCGAUCCUCUGAAAGCGCGCACAUACUGAGGAGAGACGUUACGUUCUGGGAGGCUUUUCUUCCCGGCAAGAGAUGAUUCAAGUUUCAAGAACGCCAGAGUUUUCUAACUUUGGGAACAUGAAUAUGAUUUCUUAUGCAUCUCCUGAACAAGACCUGAACUCCAUGCCGUCAGGCAGAAGACCGAGGUCUCAUUCCUAUACCAACCCAGAGGACAGUAAGAGCUAUGGUCUGCAAGAAAAGACAGAGGAAACCACUCUACGACCUCGCUCCAGGUCCUUUUACAGUUAUGAGACGUCAGACCCGCAAUCUCACUGCGACACGGCAAAGUUUUCACGGUCCUGUCCGCUGAGGCAGAGAGCAAAGCCACAGUUAAGAAAUCAAAUGUCCAGAAGGGAGGAUAAAGGUGAGAAACGACCGGGUGUUCCAGUCAACCCAAAGAGGUCUAAGCCAAAUAAGCUGUCAAAAGCGCUCAGUGGCAGUAAAGGAAACGCCAGGCGGGUGUCCAUGAUGACCAUCUCUGAGUCUGACAACUGGGAGAUUUGCUCCAGCUCUGGCAUGAAGUACGGACAGUUCGUGGACUGGGAGAAGAUCGAUCCAGAACCCGCAAAGAAAUACCAGCAGAUCCUGAAGAGCGGCCAUCAGCAGCUGAAAACCAUGGGCCGGGAGGGAUUCUGGGCCACGCCGCAUACGCUGAGGGCCAAAGCAUACUAUCAUGUCAUCCACAACAUCAACUCCAGGGCUGUUGCUCCGGACCGGGAUGUUUACUACGAUGUGGCCAAGAAGGUUUUCGGGGAACAGAAAGUCAGCACUCAUCCAGUCCCCGAGUAUAUGGAGGAUGGAGAGAUACCAAGGUACUGUCUCAACAAAGCAGGCAUGAAUUCUGUUAAGAAGAUCCUUCUCUGCCUUGGCAACUACUUCCCAGACACGAGCUACUGCCCCAUCCUUCCGGCCUUGGUCUCUCUCAUUCUCCACUUCAGCGAGGAUGAAGCGGAGUGUUUCUACAGCGUGUCUCGACUCAUCUGCUACAAGGACCCUAACAAGCGCUACGUCGACCAGAACUUCCUUACCUACCGUGCUUCCUGCAUGACGUUCGGGGACCUCGCCAACCGGUGUUGCAGAGGCAUACGAAAGCUGAUUGCCAGCUCGCACCAAAACCUCUUUGAGUUUUACUCCGACUGGAUCAUGUGGAUUUUCGGAGACCUUCCGUUCACGUAUGCGAUCAGGGUUCUGGAUGUCUACCUCCUUGAGGGCUUCAAAGUUCUCUUCAGGGUCGCGCUGGCUUUGCUCGACCUCUACAAAGUGUCAGUGUCGUCUCGAGUGGCAGACGUCGAAGACUUCAGAACGGACAUGAAGAGUUUUGUGCAAAGCAUAGCUCGCCACUGCACGGCUGAGCAGCUUCUGGAAAGAGCCUUCCAGAUUCCCAUUGCCACAAGACGUGAGCUUAACCUUCUGUUCAACGCAAAUAAGGAUGUCCUGAUGCAAAAAGGGGUCAGCACACACCAAAAGAGGCAGACAGUGGAAACGGUGGAUUUCAACAACUUCAGCUCCAGUGUCGUCACAGGGACAGAGAUGAGGGUCAUCUGGGCCUGGAUCCCUGAACGUUUUGCUCUCUUCAGCCCCGUUCGGUUGUUUCACAUCGCAGAACACGGAAGAGAUCUUUCUUCAUUGUAUUCCCACGUUGAAGGGCAUGAGCCAGUGGCACUUAUUAUUAAAACAAUGGAUGAAGAGGUUUUCGGAGCGUUCUUGUCAACGGAUGUGAUAGAAAGACGGAAUCAUGACUCUCAGGGACUGACAUAUUUUGGAACAGGGGAGUGUUUUGUUUUCACGCUCCGCCCCAGCAUGGAGCGCUACCAGCGGGCUAUGAUCAACAUUAUGACCAGAAUAGCCUCUUCUCAGCAGCUCAGAGCUGGAAGCAGCUCCUCCUCUCAGUUGCCAGACAGUAGCCAGCCUGAGCUAACCACCAAAUCUCCGACCGAGACAUGCCAGAAUCCCUCUUACCUGACCGGCACCCUCACUGCUCAGUUAGAUCAUCCCAGAACUGCAAAAGAUGCCAAGAGACCAAAGGAGCAAGACGCCUCAAAAUUCAUCGCAGGAGAUGAUAGUCAGCUCAUCAUCGGUGGUGAUGGGGGCCACGCUCUCUUCCUGCGGGAUAACUUGGAGGAAGGACUCUCGGAAGCUUGUGAAACAUUCAGGAGCAACCCACUCUGCAAGGGACAAUUCCAGAUCCAGUCUCUGGAAGUAUGGGGCAUUCAGAACACUAUUUACCCAGCUCACAGCUUUCAUUGUCAGUAGAGAACUGGUAUAAUCUAGGAACUACCGUGGACAACAAACUAUUUGGCAAUUCCAUGCAGAGUACACUUAUAAUAGCAACUCUUAAUACACAUAAACAGAAACAGACCCUGGUUUAAUGGCUUCAUCCUCUUCACCUACUGCUUUAGUUGCUGCCAUCUGAGAAAUAACGUCAAAUUCCAAUAGCAGAGAAAGAUGCUGUAAGAAAUCGUGUAUCAUAACAUUUUAAAACAUGAAAUUACUCAAAUAUUUUUUGUCAAUAUAAAAAAAUGUCUGAACAUACAUGUAAAUAACGUUCU